CUAAAAUUAAUGGUCUGGUUUUACUAUUUUUCUGCGCUAUCAAUAUUUGUCCGAAUCAUGGUUUGGAAUGUCGUUAACAUGAUAACGUUAGUAGAGUUUUGGUAGAUCCAGCGAAGAUGGCCGGUUAUACCAAUGUGUUGAAUUUCACUAUCGCUAGCGGCUGGUACAUCGCAGUCGUUUGGUUACUGCAUGCUGUCCAAUAUGGUGUUGGAACGAAAUCUUUGAAUCGACACGCCCUGCGUGAAAGCUACGUGUAUACGCUGCAUGGCUCGGGCAGUUAUGAUAUGACACCAUGUGUAACUAGGGAGUGUCUGCGAGCUUUAGACCUAGACGUUGAUAUAAGCAAGGACGGUGAUGGGCGCUCCAUGUACAGCCCUCCACGGACUGUGCAGCCAGAUCCAGAAAACCAAGGUUCUCAGCGAGUAUCAUUGCUUGCUAUCCACACUAUACCUGCCGGCUAUCUGCGACGUAUGGAAGGGCCAAGAGUGCUUAUCAAUUUGUAUAUCAAGGGAGAUGUCCACUUUGAAUGUACACCAUCGUCGUCUAGCAUUCAAGUCAGUGUGAACCACGUAGGCAUGGCAACAGAGAUGCGCAAUCUACAUACAACAGUCGUGUACAGUCGCGAUACGAACACGUUGCGCAUCACGGCCAACCAGUCAGCUGAGGUUCAUUCGGCUGUGAAGUGUCACUCUGACAUCACUGUCAGUCUGCCACGACGUCAUCACUGGCCACACGACGCCAGCAUCACGUAUCAUGGCGGAGGCGAGAGUAACGACGUGAAUGCGGUCACUGUGAAUCAAGGCCCCCAUCAGCAGCCAGUACUGGCUCAUCAAGAGAGGAAUAGAGGCAUGGCAACCUGUUUGAAGCAAUCUCAGCUGCUUGUGAAAGGUCGGGAACAACAACAUUGCCCACCCGGAAGGUGUCAACAUCACUGCAAUGGUGAUCUAAACACGUGUGAGUGCUACAGAGGAUUCGUGAAGCACGGAACUCAGCCUGGGAAAUGUCUCCGUUUACUGGUGUUUCAGCUCAUAGUACCGGAACUAUCACACAUAUCAGCACAUCCGCUGUAUUCCUCCUUCAACCUGGAGUCAUUGCUAGCAAUAGCCUUGGCAGGGAAGCUGCAGAUCACACUUGAACAGGUGCACAUGCUGAGUAUUCGCCAGAACACAAUGGUGAUUUCCAUUGUAGAAGCUAGCAUGGCCACUAUUGAGUAUCGACUUCUGAAGAAGAAGCUUAGAACACUCCCCGGUAGCUCACUGGUGGAUCUGCCUGACCUUCAUCAUAUCAGAGCUGCAUCUUCAACACAGCUGUAUGCGCUCGGGGAACAGUAUCUCAACAACAAGCAGGACAAUAAGCGAUCCCCAGAUGAUGAGAAUGCAUCUGGGAGUAAACUAUUCUCUUGGGAUGGUCUAUUUUCAAGCAGUGCCAAUGGUCAUACUCAGAAGAAGCAGCAGGACCUCCAGGACACUGCGUCACACGUGGCACCACAGCAACCGAAGGAGCAGCUACAGCAACUGAAGGAGCAUCCACAACACCAAAAGGAGCAGCCGCAAAACACAACUGAUGUUACAGCUCAUAGCAGACAACACGUGCAUGAAGCUGGUGCUGGAAGCACAACUGAAGGUGCAGGUAAUUCUCCAGUUUCCCAGGAAACCAAGCCCGAAAUGGGCGCACUACUAGUUGAUGCACUCAAGGAUAUAAUCCCAUCCUUCAAUAUUGAUGAAAUCAAGAUACCUGGUACCAGCAAGCUGAGCGAUUUGGCAUUGAGAGUAGCUAAUGUCCAGAAAACACCCAAUCAAAUCAAGAUCGUAUGUCAAUUGCCGAGCCGUGUCGAGAGCAUGAUACGAAUAUCCAAUUUGAAGUUGAGUAACAUGACUCUGACACUAGAUGUUCUGGUGCAGGAUGGCUAUGCUCACAAAAUGAUGGUUUAUCUCAACGGAACAGUAAUGUUUGCAUCACAAGGAGCAUCAUUUGGUGCACACAUCAACAUUGGUGGCACUCGCAAAGCUGAGCUGUACCUGGAAGCGCACGCCAUCAGCCUCCAAUCUGUUUUGAAAGCGGUCUUGGAGAAACUAUCCUCUAAGUUAUCUUCAACUGGGCUGGCUUCAGUGGUAGUUGACUUCCUUUCUUUGCAACUCACGUAUGACCCUAGUUCACCAACGUAUGCCAUUAUUCAUAUUCGAACUGCAUCAUUGAAGAACAUUGCAUCCAAGAUGUUUGAACACUCUGGGUUAUCGAAGCUAAAGUUUCUGAACUUGAAGAGCUUACUGGGAUCCUUUGACAUUCUCAAUGUCUCAGCAACAAUCAUCCUGCAGAAGGGCACUGUUUCAUUCUCUCUGGGUGGCCUGCCGUCUAUUCCAACCCUGGGUCUGGAAUCUGAGAUGAGUCUGGCUUUUCUGCGCAUAGGUGGCGGCAAUCAAAGCUUUCGCUCCCAGCAAAUCACUUUCCCGACAUGCAAUCUCAUGACGAUCCUGUCAACGUUUGUUCCUCACCUGUCAGCACUGAAAUCUAUGCCAGGCCUGGGAUCUAUUCGAGUUCCUAAACUCUCCGUAUCAUUCUCUACUGGUCAUUUACCCUCUAAUAUCACAUUGUUCAAAUCACUUUGGCAUAGUACUGGCAAAAACAGCAAGGGAGGAAACUUCAGCCUUGCUCACUUCAUGCCACCAAAGCCGGGAUUCAGUUUCAUCACCCGACUGAUGCCCAAAUCAGGCAGAGGGAUAACUCUGAAUGGGACCCUGUCAUCAUGGAGGCUAUCCGUUGGCAAGAUGAGGCUGCCCAAUGUCACGGAGGGUGUGCUCUCCGUUCAGAAUUUCAUCACUUCGUUCUUUCCCAAGUUUGACUUGAAAUCACUUCGGCUUCCUCCCGGUCUUGCCAACAUCCAGAGGGCCAUUGUCGAUGUGUUCAAGUUUGACGUAAAAAAGAAGCUGCUUCAGUUGAGGAUGAAUUUUGGCAAGAUCAACUUGCUGAAAGGUGUCAUGCAGAAUAGCAAGUUGAUAGCGUGCAAUUCGACCAUAGUUUCCCUGAACACGAGUUACUCUUCAUCUAAUUGCAACACCACCGGAUUUCAGGCAUCAUGUCUUGGCAAAUUCUUCGGCUUCCCUGGACUAACGUUGAUUUCGAGGCAUCCCAAUGGGUUUCUAUUCUCCACUGAGUUGUCCAGGAUCUCACUGCCUUCCAUUCUGGGCCUUGUGAAUUCUCAAACAAGUUCAUUCGGUUCCUUUCUGAGAUCAUUGGGUCUGUCUAAAGUAUCUCUGCAGAACACCGUGUUUCAAAUUGUCACUGGACCGCUGGGAAUGCGUUUUUCAGGAACGCUCAGGUUUGGUGACCUACGCAAUCUAAUGGCACACGUUCACAUACUUAAUCCGUUCAAGAGAACCUCUCGGUUGUUCAGCAUGGAAUUGCUGGUUGCCAACUCUUCGCUCUCUGCUGUUGUCAAGUCUUUCUUCAAAAUUGAUAUAUCGUCCAUUCCUUUCUUUGGAAAGUUGUCCCUUCCGAACGCCAAUCUCCUCGUUCUAUUCCGGACGCAAUCAUCGCCAAUUCCAAAGUUCCUUGAUCACAACUUGGUGCGGAUAGUCCAACUAAAUCCAUCAAAGAUGAAAUCUGUUCUUGUCAAGUUUCCUGUGAAUUUCGGCAAGUUGGGUACGUUAAAUCUCUCCUCGGCCAUCUCCAAAAUGGACGUGUAUUUCAAGAUGCCAAAUGUCUCCGUGUCGGCCUACAACUUGCUGAAUGUCAUUCUACCCGGGUCAGUGCAAAUGGCCAAACUACCUCCAUUCCUUGGUGGGCUGAAACAGCUCUACAUCGAGCAAUUCAGCGUGAAGUGGAAACCGCGUGAGCUACGCCUCCAUGCCACUUAUGACAAGGAUAUAACUAUAUCAAAGGGCAUCUUCAAAAUGGCUAAGGUAUCAGUGCAUCUUUCAUUUGCAGCAUCGCACUUUGACUUCUCGCUCGCUGCAAGUGCACAGAUCUUGGACUCCAUGGUAAUGACUGCUAACGUGACAAAGAAGGGAAAAUUGUUCUCUGCUGAGCUUUCCACUGUCGAGCCGGUCAGGAUCAUGGAUAUGUUUGCGCACAGGCCAAGCAUGCAAUCAUCUACGAAAGACAUGCGCGUCGAUCAAGUUGUGCUGUACAACCUUACUGGAGCGGUGAAGUUCACAUCUCACUUCAAACUAAACCACAUAUACCUGUUUGGAAAUACAACAUUGGGACAUGCGCAGGCGUCAGGCAGUCUUCUGCUGGCCAAAAAGGAGAUCUCUGAACAUUCAAAUUCUACGGUUCAGCAGAAUAGGGCGUCGGCAUGGGAGACUUUGUUCAGUUUCUGUGCACAUAACGUCAGCUUACCGGCACUGGUGAAAAACCUCACGAAACAUGACAUCAGCUCAAUACCUAUUCUGGGAGCUAUGUCCUUCUCGCGUAUCGGCGUCGUCAUGGCUACGGGGAAUGUGUCUGUGACGAAGUUGAUCAGAGGAUGCCGAGGAAUGACGCUUCCGGAUCGUAUCAGUUCAGGUGUAUGGUUUGAAAUUGUACUGGACAGAAGCCUACAGAGUGGCACACUGAGUCUGAGUGUGGCUGGCAGCACGGUGGCUGUUAACGUCAGGAAUGUCACAUUGCUCGCAAUUGUCAAACUGAUCUUUCCGUCGUUCAAACCAUCCUCCAUCAAGAUACCAAAGGGCUUCCCUCAGCUCAGUGAAAUGAUGGUUUCCGAGAUGGACUUUGAUUCUGCAUCCAAAACUGCAAGAGUGCGUGUGAACAUCGGCAGUUUUCAUCUCCCUAAACAAAUCUUGUCUUGCCACCAUACUGUGAUCAAUCUGAAUGUCAACUACUCCAUCAGGCCAUAUAACUUCUCUUUCGAAGCCAAGUGCACUGGAAAACUGCUUUCCCAGGACAUAGAAGUUGUGUUUGGUCUAGCUGAGGAAUCGCCUCACUUCAAGACAACUAUCAAAAAGAUGUCCGUUCGAGCCAUGUUGUCACAUGGCCAUUUGGCUGACAGUGACUUCAAGAAGGUAUUGGAAUCGGUCGGACUUCUUGAUCUGACGUUGUUGAAUGUCACACUAGAGAUGAAGACGAAACAUAAUCUAAUGUCUAUGAGUGGUACACUGCAGUUUGGUGACAGGCCCGGCGAGAAAGCUGAAUUACUGGUGCUCAAUCCAUUUAACUCAGCCACACGUAAAACCAUUCUGGGGGUUACGAUGCCGAAGAUUAACCUGUCGAAACUAAUUGCGCAGUUGUUCCACAAGGCUGGCAUCUCAUCGUUUCCAGAGAUAGGCAACAUUAACUUGGAUGAAACGCGACUUCUCACGAUGUCCCAACCUGAUAUACGCACCAAGGGAUUGACGUUCUUGGAUGGGAAGUUGAACAAAUUACUGGGCUUGGUCAGUACCCACAAGGACGUGGCUGAGUCAGAAACGCCAGAAUCAUUUUCAUGGAAGAGAUGGAAAAAGACGAAAUCAGACAGGAAGCUUUUCCGCCGCUCACUGAACGAGAAUAUGAAUGCUGUGAAGCGCUCACCACCGGGAAAUUCUACAAGAUCCAGGCCACAGACGUCUUUGUUACCCCACGUGUCAGCUCUCGUCUCCAUGAAGUUUUCAACUGAGAAUACGCAGGACAUGUUGCUGUCGCUCUCUUCCAAAAUUAUUGAUUUCAUUCCUUCUCCCAAUACGGUUAGCUUGGCAAACGUCUUGAGAAUCUUUGUUUCGUCAGAAAACCUCAAAGCACUCGGCUUGCCCGAUUUCCUGCCCAAACUGGAGAGUCUGUUCAUCAACAGUGUAUACAUCAAUGUACCUGAAAAGAUUUACAAGGUUGAUGCAACCCUGAAAGGUCCCAUAACGGUUGUGAAGAGUUUCCUGGUGCUCAACAACUUCAAUUUCGGGUUUUACUACCAGAAUAAGACUCUAUCAUUCAACUUCACUGCCAAUGCACAAAUUUUAGGGAAGACGUUCAAAGCCGAGUUUUCCAGAAUUCGAGGCAGGUACAGACUGCUGGCGAGUACUCCAUCUAUACAUGUCAGCAGCACGCUGGGGAAGUUUGGAAGUCUUGAGAAGCAAUACCGACACCUCGGCGUAUCGGAUUUCACUAUAGAACAAGCCAGCCUGGAGGUGCGCUGGGGAAAUGGUGCCAACUUGAUCUCCGUGUAUGGAUUGCCCACACUGUCUGGUUAUCAACAUGCUAAGGUACAGAUGACCAUAUUCAACUUCACUACAUUGAAGGAAAUGAACUUCUUUAUUGGAAUUGAGAUUCCGCUUGGUAAAAUAUCCACCCUCAUCAAAAGGGUAACCUCUAUUGACAUUGGAAAGGUUCCCACAAUUGGAAAGGCUGAGGUGAGAGGCAUUGGCCUCUUCCUGUCCUCCACUGUCAUAGAACUCAACCAUGGAUUUCACUUUCAACGCUCCGGUUUCGAACACCUGAAAAAUGUUCCAAAGGGCAUUCGCCUCUACUUCUAUCAAAGCGUUGACGUGAAGAACAUUUCAAUAGUAGUUGACGUGGGUUUGAAGUCAUUGACAUUUCGACUACCCGAUGGCUUUUCACUCCAUGAUGCAAUUGCCUACCUAUCACCAGCGACUCUGAAUGAUAAGACCUACAAAGCGUUCGGCAAGGUCUACGGCUGGCUCUUCAAAAUGCAGGUGAAGGCAUUUACGUACGACUCGGACGCGCAGGUGACCAGCAUAUUGGGUCGCUUUCCGCAGUCAUUCAAGCUCUUCAAAGGCAAGUUUGUGAUGACUUCAGCAUCCUACAAUGCCAGUUUCCUAGGAGCACAUAACUUCUCGUACAUGGUGACUGGUCAAAUGAAGCUCUUCAACAAGCCGUUUAAUGCCAGUAUUGGAUAUAAUUCAAGAAAGGGAGCAUUGAUAUUUCAAUUGUCAUCAUCAAAGGACUUCAAGCUUUCAGACAUUGGAUCGUUCAAAGUCAAUUCACAUAACAAAUUCAUUCGGAACCUUCAUUUGGACAAAAUUGGAGUUCAGAAACCCAAGGUGCAAAUCAUGAGAAUGCGAGACGGCUUUGGAUUUCGGAUCAGUGGCAAGCCGACACUGCCCUUGUUUGGCACAUUCGCAUUCGAGGUGAUCACAGUGCCCAAUCCAAUGCGGUACCUGAUUACCUUCAGCAAGCAACACACGUCGGUGACAAAGAUCAUCAAAGAUUUGACAAGCUUCGACCUGAGCAAAGUGUUCUUUCUCCACUUCCUCUCUGGACCGGCUUCCAUUGGAGUAUCCUACACAAAUAUCAAGAGGGGAGAGAAACUUCCUUUCAAGGUAAAUUCCUAUCCAUUGCAUGAUGUGAAGGUUAUACCCGAAGGCCUCUCACUGACAUUUGAGUACAAGUUGCCCAAGUGUGGCAGUGAUUUGCUGUGCAAGUUCAUUCAUGCCAUCAUUGGUGACAAGGAGGUUGAAUUUGAAUUGGAGAACAUCGGACACGAGCCAGAGUUCAAGAUCCAAGCACCGAUCGCGCAAGAAAUUAAACUCGGUGGGUUGAAGAUAUAUGAUGUACGCGUCGGCGCUAUGAUCAGUGAAGGGCCACCAAUGUUCGGCUUGACGCAUGCCGAAAUGGAUAUCAAUAUUGGAAAAGGAGAAAAACUUCACUUUGAAGGUGACCUGGAGAUCGAUGCCGCCAUGGACGCGGAGCUGGACUUCAAAAUGGUUGGCAUGUGGAGAAAGGCUUUUGGUUUACCUUUCCUGGCGAUUGGCAAUAUUGUAGCUGGUGCACGGAUCAACAUCAACUGUCCUGAAUGCGUGACCAAGCUAGAAUUGGGUGGUGAGAUUUGGCUUGGCUACAAGUGCAACAUCAAUGAUAACAAGACGAAGUGUAUCAUGGGACGAGGGUACUUUGGCAUUGACGAGGAAAGGCCCGACGACAACUAUUUCUUCUUCAGCAUCAACCAGUUCAGCAUGAGUAAGGUGCUAAUUGCACUGGGUGCCAAGCCAUCGCCCAUUCUCAAAAUCCUUGACGUCUGGUCAGUCAAGGAUAUACUUUUCAGCUACAGCGUCCUGGAGAGAGACGUACCGCACGGGAACACCACACAGCAUGUGCCUGGUGGGCUGGUCAUGAAGGGCAAGAUAACGCUGUACUGGUUUCUAUCGGUGCACAUCGAUCUUCGCAUUACGGCCUUCCAUGGAGUUCCCACGGGCAUGGUGGGUAAAAUCUGGGCUGACCCGGUGAAAAUUGGCAAAGUGCUUCGCUUGACUUCGGCAGAAGAUGACAAGAAGGGACCAUUCAUCAGUGCCAAGUUUGGAGUUAUCCCCCUGGGGUUUGGAGCAAAAAUCAGUGCCAAACUCUCCAUUCCCAUAUUCAAGAUCACCGUGAAAGUCAGCGGCUCAAUAUCGCUGAAAGGCAUCGAAUUCAACUUCUCCGCUAAUAUUCUCUUCUUCAAAGUCAAUGUUGAGCUCUCUGCAGGAUUCAAGGAUAACAAGCAUCCUGGAAAACUGUCGGGAUUUCGCUUCAAGGGUGUGUUCGACCUCAGCAGCUUGAACGACUUUCUUGCCAAAGUGAAGCACGUCAUAUCAGUCUGCAAGAAAAAGGCCGAUGCUGCAUUCAAGAAGGCUCUGGCAGCUGUUGAUGCUGCAAGCAAGAAACUCCAAGGCUUUAUUGCGAAUAAGAAAUUGGCGGCAAAAGUGAAAGAGAAGCGCAACGCUGCAUUCAACAAGGCCAAACAGGGUGUGCGCAAAGCCCAGCAGACAAUUGAACAUCUGUGCUCAGUCAAGAAAUGCGCAAAGUGGUGCGGUAUACCGAAACCUUGCUUCAAGAAACACUGUGGAUGUCUUCACUACCCUUGUGGCUGGCUCAAAUUCUGCUGCAAGAAGAUCUGCGUCCCCUUACCUGGAUUCUGCGGCAAGAUGUGUGUUCCGAAAAAUCCGGCCUGUUUGCUGAAAGCAGCCGCUUGCCUGCCUCUUCGCCUGGCCGCCUUUGCAGCGAAGAAAGUUGCCAUCGGAGUGUUGAAUGUGGCACAGAAAGCAUUGAAUGUGGCGCAGAAGAUAUACAUGGCCGCUGCAACAGCGUUUGCCAAGUACAACCCUGUGUUCCUGAUUGCCAAGGGUAUACUACACCUUGCAAAGCUGGCAGUAGACGGUAUUGCUAACAUCAUUAUCCACUUCCCGCUGCAGAUUAACAAAAUUUGGUUCGAUCUCCAGCUGGGAACAGCAAACGGAUCCUUCCUGGAAGUCGGCUCAGAAAUCGUCUUCUCUGGCAAAAAGCGCACACUCAACUUCCGCAUCAAUCUGAAGAACAUCUGGGCAACAAUCUGGAGCUUGGCAAAGAGCUUGUUCAAGUCAGUGUUCGGAUGGCUGAGAAAGCUGAAAAUCAAAAUCUAAUUUCCAAACUCUUGUAUGUAAUAGGGCAUUGUGACUUUUGUCCCAACACUCUGGAACUGGCUCUAGCAUAGGCCCUUACAUGUUUCCGCAGGACAGAAUGAAUAGCACGUCUUUCACUUGAAAACAAGUAUGUACAUACAUACAUGUAUAUGCCGUAAUUGCUUCAAACGCAUGUCGCUUACACUGAUGACUUUCCAAUGUCAUAACAUAUUUUACCUCGAGGAACACGAGUUGUUCUCAUACAUGCACGCUCUGCCUACGUUAAUAUGACCAACGGGUUGCAAAGAUCAUUCACGAAACACUCUGCCACAUUCCUCGAAGUCAGAUAGCCAUGCUCACAACCUUAAGCAGCAGAAUUAGGAUUAUUUGUCCCCUGUGCCUCGUCACAAACGUUGUUCACAAUUUGCACUUACACUCCUGUGCAGAGUGUAUUCACACAAGAGCAGUAUUGGAUGCCUUAAGGCCCAUGGCAGCUGCGAUGAUUAUUGUCAUUAAUUUUACUCUCAGUCCACACGCAGACCUAUGUGAUCACAGGACCAACAACAUCCAGACAGAAUCCCCUAGGCCUUGGUCAAGUUGCUGCAGUUCUACCCUGAGAGUUUCAACCUCAAUAAAAGUUGUGCAUCUUC